AUGGGUGGAAAUACAGGUGAUAAUUUGCAUAGAGUGGUGUCGUCACCCGACUCUAAUCGAGGUGGUAGUAUGGGUUGUAACUUACACCGAAGUCGGACAACUUUACCUAAUCUAGGCAUCGUUGAUCCCCAAAUAGAUUUUGCGGUGGUGUUUAGUAAAGUUACCCCACACGGACUUCAAAUAAUUGGCGGCCAUGGCGAAGAGCAGGAUGGUAAUUAUUACACUCAGGAGGAUGAUUAUGGUAUAAACAUGCAGACAACUCACCACUCGAAUGUUGAAGAUACGCCUGGUGGCUCUAAUGUUGCAAAUUCACAUGGUUCUCAGUUACCGUUGAUCCACCGAAAUGGGAAGGGCUUUGUAGACCAUUCUAUACAUGGGUACAUUGCAAAAAUGGCAUGUGAUUGUUUGGAUCGUGCUUGGCCUACAUACAAGAGUAUCCCACAUGAGGUUUUCAAACAAUGGUUUGCGCGUUUUAUGACUCGUUAUCGGUUGUAUUCACAAGAAGAAGGUGACAUCUUCGAUUGUUUUGAGAAUGUUUUGAAAGAGCGUUUUAGAGACAGAAUGGGGGAUGUUAAGAAAACAUCAGCAAGAAUGGAAAGAAAAGCAGGGCAUACUAUCCAUGAAAUUAAUGACUCAUAUAAGAUCCUCUAG